GUAAACAGUAAUGUGCUGACCACUUUAUUGAAAUAUUAUUUUUAAACGACUGUUAAUUUUUCCACAUAUUUAAUAAACGUGUGCUUUAAACGGGAGCUGUCACAUGAGUUACUGUUAUUGUCAAACAACAAGUUCUAAUCGGAUUUUUUGGGUUAAAUAGCAGUCUAACAGAAUAUGAGGAUCAGUGGUGGAACCUCUUGUUAGUAAUGGAUGUAGAAGUUGGCUGCUUGUCUUUUAGGCAGCCGUACGCAGGUCUGGUGUUGAAUGGGGUUAAAACAGUGGAGAGCAGAUGGCGCCCUCUGCUGGCGGAGAUGCAGAACUGCACUAUAGCGGUGCAUAUAGCGCAAAGAGACUGGGAGGGAGAGGACUGGAGAGACAUCCUCACUGAGAAGCUGGCAAUGAACCAUCAUGAAGUUCAGGAGCUGCUGGAGUCCGGGGAGAGGUUCGGCCGUGGUGUUAUCGCAGGUCUUGUGGAUGUUGAGGAAACAUGGUUGUGUUCUGAAGAUGUCCCUCUGGAGCAGAUGAGAGAGCUGGAGAAGACAGCGUUUCUGACUGGACUCGCCCAAAAAUACCUCACAAGACUGUCAAACCCCCGCUGGCUCACAGAGCCGCUGUAUUCAAGAGGACAUAAAAACAUUUGGACGGUAAAGAUCCCACUGCACCUGCUGCCCUCUGCUUCGGUGGUUAAGGUUUUAUAGCAGUAAAUCAGUGAUGCGGUGCUGAUUUGUGGUGUAUAAAUAUGGCUUUCUUUGUGUAUGAACUUUUUUGGAAUAUAGACCAUAUGUUCUAUAUAAUACAUCGUCAACAUAUGACUUUUAAUACGUAGUUUUGGCUAUUUCAGGCAGUGCAGCUAACACGUUUAUAAAAUACAACCAUGCAAUUUCCUUAGACAAAUACUUUCAGUAGAAGAUGUCCUCAUCAGCUUAGUAACAUGCAUUGCUGCACACCCGGCAUAGUCAGUUUAAAAUGCUGUUAUUGUUAAGUUGAACUGGAAAGGAGCAGCAACAUCACAUUCACAAAAUGAUUGGCAUAUCAGCCCAACAACUGUUCAUCUCGAGAAUCAUAAUUACAAAAUUACAAUAUUACAAAUGCUUUGGUGGUUAAAUGGAAGCAGGUUUCCCUUUUGGUUUUUUAGUCUAGUGUAAAGGCUUUUCAGAAAAGUAUAAACUGCUGUAACAACAAAGAGUCAAUAACUGUUUACCAUGUACAUGAAUUUGGUGAUCAAAUGUCUCCAAUAGAUUUUACCAAUUAGUGUAUGUUAAAUUAAGAUCUUUGAAGGUUACAUGGAAUUUUAAUGGAUAUCUAAUUUUAAAAGGGGCUCAUGACUAAUCGUGUGAUGCUUCUUCAUAGACUGCUCUCUGUCCAGAUAAUAUUUCAGACUUAUGUGUUUUCAGAAAGUUUUUUGACCCAGGGUGACUCUGAUUGGGAGGAAGUAGACAGUAUAAAUGAGUAAAAGACUAAUAACUUUGUUAGCAACAUUGUGGUCUAUGAUUGUUUUUGCAUCUUUUAAUGAAAUCUUACUAUACCACCAAAUAAAAAAGUAAUG